CCAGGUCGCGGCAAUUGCGUUAAGACACGUCAACCCCACCCUUUCUGACUUCGGAGGAGUGGUGGUGAUGAUUCGAUCAAUGCUCUACUCCACACGGCAAAUGCAAGAGACCAGACCGUUUCAAUCUCGAUGACCUGGUUUCGAGCUAUAACUGUUAUCUCCCCGGUAGCGUUGGGUCUCGUGGCCGUUUAAACCGCUUUCUACAACCCCUCGGCCGCUCGAAGUCCACCACUUGCAGACCGGGUCUCGGGCACUCAACCCCAUGGCAGGUUAUGCUUCUAAUCUUUGUCUCGUAUCGCCCAGCCGCUUUGGCUCUCUCGUCUGCGUGGUGUUCCUUCAAUAACGUUGGUUGACCUGCGGAAGCAGAGUCGUUGGAAACAUCAUUAUGUCGACGAAUCCGUUUUCCAGACCUGUGACAGCUUUCCUAAAGCGGGGCAUUCUCGCUGUGAGACAUCCGUCGACCCGGACCCUCGGGUUGCGCCGAAUCAAUGGCACCUCUUCCAGCAAGUCGGAGAAAGUUGCUUGGUCGGCAAGAACUGUAUUUCUGUUAUCGGCAUUUUCUGCUUCUCUAGCAUACUAUUACGGGCAACGGGAUGCGUCUUCAACGACGAAAGGGGUCCGAUAUGCUCCCAGAAGACCCCACUUUGCAUCGAAGAGGGAGAUGGAGAAGGCCAUUCUCGAGCUCAGGAUCUCUUUAGGGAACGAUGCCAUUAGCACAGAUGAUGAGGACCUUCGUAUUCACGGAUAUUCAGAGUGGUCAUCAAUCAACGUGGAUCAAUUACCGGUGGCGGUUGCAUACCCAAAGAGUACGGAAGAAGUCUCGAAAAUUGCACAAAUCUGUCACAAAUACAAGUUGCCUAUGAUCCCCUACUCGGGAGGUUCCAGCCUGGAGGCCAAUUUCUCAGCCCCCUAUGGAGGGAUGAGCAUCGACUUCACCUUCAUGGACCAGAUUAUCGCUCUGCAUGAGGAUGAUAUGGAUGUGGUCGUUCAGCCUUCGGUGCCGUGGAUGAGUCUCAACGAAGACAUAAAACAUUCAGGACUCUUUUUUCCUGUGGAUCCCGGUCCAUCAGCCAGAAUAGGGGGAAUGGUUGGUACAUCAUGCAGUGGCACGAAUGCCGUGCGGUAUGGCACCAUGAAGGACUGGGUAAUUAAUCUGACCGUUGUCCUUGCCGAUGGAACCAUCAUCAAGACUCGACGAAGACCAAGGAAAACGUCAGCGGGAUACAAUCUCACCAAUCUUUUCAUCGGAUCGGAAGGAACUCUCGGACUGGUCACUGAGAUCACACUGAAGCUCACUGUCAUUCCUCAGGAGACGACUGUAGCGGUGGUUACCUUUCCAACCAUCCGAGAUGCAGCUGCAGCAGCAUCCAAGGUCCUACGAGCCGGAAUUCCCGUCGCUGCGAUGGAGGUUAUGGACGAAGUGCAAAUGAGUGUCAUUAAUCGGACCAAAUCGACGGCCCGGACUUGGAAAGAAAUGCCCACCAUGUUCUUCAAGUUCUCGGGCACAAGCGCAAGCAUCCAAGAGAGCAUCGGGUUGGUCAAACAGAUUGCGAAAAAGCAUCGGAGCGGGGAUUUUGAGUUCGCCCACGAUGCCGAAGAAGCGCAACUACUUUGGUCGGCCCGGAAGGAAGCACUUUGGAGCAUGUUGGCGCUCCGAAAGGAAGGCGCGGGUACCGAGGUCUGGUCGACGGAUGUGGCCGUUCCCAUAUCACGACUCCCGGACAUCAUCGAGAUUUCGAAGAAGGAAAUGGACGAUCUCGGCUUGUUCGCCUCGAUACUCGGUCAUAUCGGCGACGGUAACUUCCACGAAAGCAUUAUGUAUGACAGCAAGAACCCCAAAGAGCGGGCAGCCGUGGAAGCAUGCAUUGAGAGAAUGGUUGAUCGAGCGCUGGAGAUGGAGGGCACUUGUACUGGUGAGCACGGCAUUGGAUUAGGGAAAAAGCAGUCUUUGAUCAAGGAAUUGGGUAUGGAAACGAUCGAUGUCAUGAAAAACAUCAAAGGGGCUCUGGACCCUUACUGGCUCAUGAAUCCGGGGAAGAUCAUGGACAUUCCAGGAUAGCGCUGGGAGGCCACUGUAAAUAUUUGCUGUUGGGACCUGGGAGGCAAUCUGAGCCCCGAUUUUGCAUAGGUACGGUAAUCGAAUGUCAUAGUAUCUGCAUCAUAAUGUAGGGCAUAAAGUUAAAGAUCGGUGCUGCUCAUCUACGCUUUCCUGAC